AUGCCCCGUUACCGCCUGACAAUCGAAUAUGACGGCACGCCCUAUGUCGGCUGGCAGCGGCAGACCAACGGUCACGCGGUUCAGGAAGCUGUGGAAAAAGCGGUCUUGGAGUUCUCCAAGCAGAAGGUGACGCUGCAGGUGGCCGGCCGCACCGACACCGGCGUUCACGCCAUCGCCCAGACGGCCCAUGUGGAUCUGGAACGCGAUUGGGAUCCGGUCCGGGUGCGCGAGGCGAUCAACGCCUAUCUUGUGCUCGACGAGGAACGCAUCUGCGUCGUGGAUGCCGAAAAGGUGCCGGACACGUUCCAUGCCCGCUUUUCGGCGCAAGCACGGCACUAUCUGUACCGCAUCCACAACCGGCCGGCGCCGCUGACCCUCGACCAUCGCCGGGCCUGGUGGUGCAAGCGGCCUCUCGACGUCGAUGCGAUGAAUGCCGCUGCGAAGAUCCUGAUCGGCACCCACGAUUUCACGACCUUCCGCGCCGCCCAGUGCCAGUCGAAAUCGCCGGUCAAGACGCUCGACGCGAUCACCUUUUCCCGCGAUGGCGAGCGGAUCGACGUGCAUGUCUCGGCGCGUUCGUUCCUGCACAAUCAGGUCCGCUCGCUGGUCGGCACGCUCAAGCUGGUCGGCGAGGGCCGUUGGACGGCAGACGACGUGCAAGCCGCACUCGAAGCGCGCGACCACCAGAAGUGCGGCGCCCUGGCGCCGCCGCAUGGGCUCUAUCUGCUGCGGGUGGACUAUCCGGACGAUCAGGGCGAGAUCAUGGCACGGCAGAAUUAUCUCUUCACCAGCGAGUCGGUGUCCGAGGGCCACCCCGACAAGGUUUGCGACCGCAUCUCCGACGAGAUCGUCGACAUGAUCUACCGCGAGGCGCGCAAGCAGGGCGACGACGCGCUCUGGAAGGUUCGUGUUGCCUGCGAAACGCUGACGACGACCAACCGCGUGGUCAUCGCCGGCGAAGUGCGUGUCCCGGAUACGUUCUUCAAGAAGGACAAGGCCGGCAAUGUGGUCACGGACGAUGCGGGCGAACCCGUCAUUGCGCCCGGCCGCUUUCGGUCAGCGGCGCGCCGCGCCAUCCGCGACAUCGGUUAUGAGCAGGACGGGUUCCACUGGAAGACAUGCCGCAUCGACGUGCUGCUGCACGCCCAGUCGGCGCACAUCGCGCAGGGUGUCGACAGUGCAUCGGAUGCGCAGGGCGCCGAGGGCGCCGGCGACCAGGGCAUCAUGUUCGGCUAUGCCUGCCGCGAAACGCCCGAACUUAUGCCGGCGCCGAUCUAUUAUUCGCACAAGAUUCUCGAGCUUCUCGCCGACGCGCGCAAGAGCGGCGAGGGCGAUGCCGCCCGGCUCGGCCCGGACGCCAAGUCGCAGGUCACGGUGCGUUACCGCGACGGCAUGCCGUCCGAGGUGACCAGCAUCGUCCUGUCGACGCAGCAUCUCGACGACAGCUGGGAUUCCAGGAAGGUUCGUUCGGUCGUCGAGCCCUAUAUCCGCCAGGCGCUGGGCGACCUGCCGAUCGCCGACGACUGCAACUGGUACAUCAACCCCACGGGCAAGUUCGUCAUUGGCGGUCCCGAUGGCGAUGCCGGCCUGACCGGCCGCAAGAUCAUCGUCGACACCUAUGGCGGCGCCUCGCCCCAUGGCGGCGGCGCUUUCUCCGGCAAGGACACGACCAAGGCCUUUUAUGGCCGGCGGCGCGGCAAGACGUUGCGCGGCCGGCAGGCCGAGGCGAUGCGGUGCCUGCUGCCCGAUCUUUUGAUCGAUCUGGAAGCGCCGGCGCCGGCCAGCCCGGCAACGCUGUUUCCACACACGCCGGAGACCAUCGUCCUUGAAAUCGGCUUUGGCGGCGGCGAGCACCUGUUGUCCCAUGCCCGGCGUCGGCCCGAGGUGGGCUUUGUCGGCGUCGAGCCCUUCGUCAAUUCGAUGGCCAAGCUGGUCACGGCGCUGGAUGUGCAUCCGGCCGGCAACAUCCGGCUUUACGACGACGAUGCCACGCAACUGCUUGACUGGCUGCCGGACGCCUCGAUCGACCAGAUCGACCUGCUCUAUCCCGAUCCAUGGCCGAAACCGAAACACUUCAAGCGCCGGUUCGUCAGCGACCGCAAUCUGGACCGGUUCGCCCGGGUGAUGAAGCCCGGUGGCCUGUUCCGUUUCGCUUCCGACAUUGACAGCUAUGUCAACUGGACGCUGCAGCACAUCGACCGGCAUCCGGAUUUCGCAUGGACCGCCCGCCGCGCCGCCGACUGGCGCAAUCCCUAUCCGCACUGGCCGGGUACGCGCUACGAGGCCAAGGCCCUGCGCGAGGGCCGCACGCCGGUCUACCUGACCUUCGCCAGAUCGUAG